AAGGAUUUGAAAUACCUCAAUUUGAAAUUAAAGCACUUGUUAAUGUUGCUGAUGUAGAUGAUGUCAAGUCAUGGUUUGCUGCUUUUGAAGAGCAUUCAAAAUCAACAAUACCACAAACAAAAGAAUAUAAUGUUAAGGAAAAACAA